UUUUUAUUGGCAACUGUAAAAAGUGAAAGACACGACGGAUUCUGAAAAUCAAAUCUAACUAAUUUCUUCUUGUGAAAACCGAGAGCGAAAGUGACCAGCGGACAAAUAACAAAAUAUCUUGCUAAUUAGGCGUCUCGCCAUGGCGAACAACACCGUUUCGCGCCCAAGAAUUAUGAGUCAAUGGUGAUGGCGAGUGACUGUGCGUGUUAGUUGCUGGUGGACCAUCUCUUCAAGAAAACCCGUUCACUGGACACCAAAUGGCCGUGAAAAGCGCCGACUAAGGAAGAGCGGCGCAAAAACUACCAGGAAAAUUAACGUCAAGCCAGCAGACAAACUGCACUCGAAGCAAUCUGAAGCUAACUGGAAAUUGUAUAAACAAACAUAGUGGAGUGAGCGUAGACCAAACAACUUUCAGCCGCGGCAAAAAUUACAGUUAAGGUUUUGCGCGGCGGAAGAAUCUUGAAAGAGCUACGUGUGAAUGCAGGAGUACCAUACCAUAUACCAGAUACCAGAUACAACCGAUAUUGCAGUGCAAAAAGUCAACGACAACUGAACGAAACCUAGGAGAGUAAGGCCCCAGAGAGAGCGACCGGUCUGCUUUAAGCCUGGCCAUGAUCUUGGCCAACUGUUUGGGCCACAACACGCUCAGUUGUUAACCAGACGCGCACGCAUGCGCACGCGGAACGCGCCAACAGGUGAUUUGCAUAUCCCCGAGAUACUAGUUACAAGAUACUCGCCUCCAGAUACGAAACCGUUAGGCCGUAGGUGUGACGCGAUGAAGUAAUUGCAGGUAGCCGGAUAACCGAAUAGAGCAAAUAGAAAACGCGCUAAAUGCGGCAGCGAAAUUCCAAACAAACGAGUCCAAAACACACAGCACGAAGAAAGUACAUUAAAACCAAUAAAAAGAAUCGAGCUGCUACGAAAAACCGACCGACAAUCAAUGGAAUUGUGUUUGCGUGCUAAGCCGAGUGCCUCAUAAAUUGAUUUGUCAAUUGGCUAACGAUUUCGCCAAUAAAGCCGGCCAUUGUGUCCUCCUAAAAAGCCAGAGUUCCCGUCCCCUCAACACGUACUUACAGCGAAAUCAGCUAAAUAAACAGUUGGGCUACAGUUAAAUUGCAGGGCCAAGGUGCAAUUGCAAUUGCGAUUGCAAUUGUAGGUUCAAGGUGUGAAUCGGCCGUCAGCAGUGCUAACUGGCCAGGUGAAACCGAAAACGAAACUGACAAUGCCCAGCACACACAGUCAUUUGCCCCAUAAUUGGGGCUCAGGUGAGAGCCAGCGACAGUGCACAUCCUCCAGUAGAAAUCGCACCUGCAACUGCCACCCAGUGAGCAUGGCCAGCUUAAAAUGUGGCCACUUGAUUUUCCUCCUCUUGAUCUGCCUAAUCAACUCGGCCGUCGAUGCGGAUGGAACGGCUCGGAAUGGUCGUCUUGGUCGCCAUCUCUCCACCACUCCGUUGAGCCACCUGGAAAUGGAAACGGAGGCCGUCGAGGAGCAGGAGGCGGUCACCGAGUCGCCGACGGAACCCCCAAAGGAUUGGACGACGACGGAACUGCCGCCGGAAGAAGAGUGGCAGCCCGUGGUGAAUGCCUCCGAUAUUCCGGACAGGAAGCAGACUGAUAAGGCGGCCCCCGGGGACUCCCUGCUCCUCCGCCUGGCCCGGCGAUUCACCAGUGGAAACGAGCUCUGGGACGGCCUUGUCCGCGAUUGCUAUCUGAAGCCAGACGUCUCCUGCUUCCAGAAGAACGUAUUUAGCUACCUGGAUGGCGCUCUGGAUGUGCAGGAUGUCAAUGUGACGCAAAGACUCAAGUUCUUCAAGAAUCAAGUGGACUAUAAAGUGGAGAAGGAGAAGGAGGAGCACUCGGAGGCACGUGCCGCAAGUGCGGAAACCCCAAUCGAGGAAGUGACCAGCGCUCUAUAUGGCAAGAGUAUUAAGUUCGCGAUGACCCACGAUCUGGAGGUGGAUCUGCCCGAGGUUAUGUUCAACGGAGCCACUUUUCGCAUCUCGCCGCGGGCCAUCGAAGGAAACGGAAUCAUCGCCAAGCUGGAGCUCAUUCCCAAACAGGUAGUCAAGGCCCGACUGGCUGGGGCGAUAAUCCAGAAGAAGAUACAAAAAUUUCUACGCAGCAAACUGGUGCUGUCAUUCCUCGCAUUGCUGCUGAUCAUAAAGAUCAUCAAGAUCAAGUUGUUCUGGCUGCUGCCAAUCGUCAUCGGAGUCGGGGCGGCCAAGAAACUGCUGCUGAAGUUCCUGCUCUUCCUGUUCCCGGCGCUGUCGCACCUCUUCAAGCUCUGCUCGCACUACCAGCAAUCCUAUCACGCACCAGCCAAAUACCACCACCACCAUCACCUCAUCGAUCAUCAUCACACGGUGGUUCCCCCAUGGCACAGCGGAGAGCACCACGCUGGUCCGGGUCCGGAAAUCAUCUACACCCACCCGCCCAAGGGUCAUCCGUCAGCCUAUCUCCAUGGAGCCCCGGUGCACGAGAGCUACGGCCCCGGAUUCGAGCACUUCGAGGGGGCCUGGCAGAACAGUGGACCGGGCUUGGGUUCCGAAUACAUAGGCGAUAUAAAUCGCGUUGCACAGAUAGAGGAGAAUGCGCAUUACUUUAAGCCCCACCCGGCUAAUGACGCCGGGCUCCUGCAUGCUUGGGGCCUGGGCACCACACAGGCACAACAGCAACAUCAGGUACAGGCACAGGCACACCAGCAACAUGCGACACACCAGCAGCAACAUCAGCGUUGGCCUGUCACCCAGCAGGCGAGGCCGCCCACCCAGCCGAAACAGCAGUCGCAACAGCAGCAGCAACAGCUCAAGCUUCAGCUGCAACAGCAAUUAAGUGCUCAGAAAAUACAAGCCUCUAGUCACAGUUUAAACCCAUUUCAAAGUCAGGACAAACAAAGCUCAAGGCCGGCACACACGCAGCACCAUCCGGUGUUCGUUCCGGGACAGGGACACCAUCCGCCGCAAAGUGGGCCCGGACUCACGGCAGCAGCUCAAAUUGCCGCGCAGUAUGAUCCCGCGCGCAAUAAUCAGCAGCAGCAAAACCAGGCUGCGCAGGAGCCACAACUUUCGCCCGAACUAGCCGCCCAGCUGAAGGAGGCCAUCCGCAUUCAGGCCGAGCAGCGCCUCAUCCAGCAGCAGCAGAAGAUACUGGAGCACCAGCCAUUCGUACAGGACGGACAGCCGCUGUAUCCGCUCAACUACGAUCCGUUCUACAGUCCUAUUCUGCUGAAAAUCGACAAAAUAGUCGAACAGCUGGGCGUGAAGAACGACCUGUGCAAGGAGCGCAUCGUGUGCAGCAUGUACAAGGAUCCGGCCACCUACAGUCCGCACAGCAACUUCAUCUCCGCGGAGCUAAGUCGCGACACCAGCGAACUGGAGCCCGUAACGCAUGCGAAUGAGGCAGUGCGUCGUUUUUACCGGCUAAUUCAGGCUGCCCGGGAUGGCCAGGAUCAAAAGGACUGCCAGAGCCUGUAUCCACAGUGCAACAUGCCGGCCAAGUGAGCCGGAGGUCCCUAAUCUUCGAGAGCGGGAGACGUUAAGCGAGAACGAGCAACUUUGAAGUCAACUUUUCCUUGUUAAAAACCGAACUGUAAAUAGGAUAAAACAACUAGGCUACGCAUAAUUUAUUUGUUAAACUCGUAUUUAUUUAUUUAUUUACUGUAGUCUAAUGGUUCGCCUAUUUAAUGUCAAUUGAAGCUCUUCGGUCACCCAACCGCUGCAUUAAUAUUCAUUCUGAUUUUGUUCAAGCUUGCACUCAAAGUAUUUACUAAAAUCGGCUGCGGUCAGUACACUUUUUAAAUUUUCCACACACACACAUGUGAAUGGCACACAAAUAAUUCACUGAUAAUUUACUAAAAAUACCAUAUAAUGAAAUCAGAAUAUUUAUUAAUUGCCGGUCAGACGGAUGCGGCUGAAAAUUCAAUUAGUCAAUAUGCAAAAAUUGUUAUUAGAGGAGUUUUUGUCGCCAGCACAUAAAAUGGAAAAUAAAUUGAAAUUGUGUUAAAUGUAUAUCCUUU